AUGUCGUCGCAAUACAUAAAUGAUAUCGCCAAAAACUACUGUUAUCAAGUGGAAUAUGUGUGCAGCCCGCAUGCAACUUGCCCACCUGCCCGUCAGGCUACUACAAAGAAGCCCAGCUAUUCAUUGUUUGUCUUCGUCAUCGUCACUUUCACGGUUUUCGCACAAAUGCCUGAGCGCAGCUCUGCCGCCUCGUUGGCGCACCGAACGCACACUAAAUCGGAAUCGUUGGAGUCCGUUGAGGAUACAUUGAAUUUGUUGCAUGAACUGACACGAUUUAUGCACGACAAGCACAAAGUUGGCGCGGAGAAUGAGACUGGCGAUGACCACGGCUACUUAGGGCAAGUGCGACGUCUGUAUAAACGGCACAAUGGCGUUAACAAAGCACUGACCAGGAGCGAUGACGAACCGGAAUGGCAAAAUGUUUGUGGGAUGGACAGCGCCUGGAGUGGAGAUGAGAUCGCGGAGGACCUUAGUCACGAUUACAUACAGUUGUACAUGAAAGGUCUACGCAUAGCCGUACGUCUGGAGUAUAACACCCUGAAGACUAGCGGAUUUCACGAGAUCGACAUAGACGACAUGCGAGCCUGGCGUCGCCAUGAACGAAAGUACAAAUUUUUGCCUACACUGGAACAUAAUGCAGGGAUUGCACCCGUUUGCUGGCAUCAGAGCAUGCAAAAGUUCAUCGCUUCCUUUGCCUAUCUUUACAAAAUCCAACAGGAAUGGGAUCAAAAAUACCUACAUACACAAAGUGGCAUCGCACGUGAGCUGCACGCACUGUUGCAAAGCUCUAAACGCAUGCUUUGCGAAAUGGAGACGAGCAUCAAAGGCAGUUAUCCGCGUGACAAGCAACAACUCAACACCAUCACACGCGACGAAAUGCUGGCCACAAUUAAUUUUUACACUAAGAAUAGCAGCAGCGCUGCUGCGGGACAACGUGGCGUGAAUCACACGGAUUUACGCUUUGCCAAAUUUUUCUAUCAAAACUAUUUGCUGCGUAUUUGGAAGUCCCUGUCGCGACAUGCCAACAACAUUCAAUUGCAAUACACCUGCGCUAAAGUUGCUACCCCGUCGUCGAUCCUCGAUAAGAGUUUGGAGAAUGAAGCUUCGAUUAUGAGUAGUGAGGUGGAGGAUGAUGCUGAGGAAUAG